CAGGAACAACAGAGAAGCUGCGCUGACAGAGCUGAGUUUUUGCCAACCAAUGUUUGAGGUCUGUUCCACCAUACCACACAGUGAUGUUCAGUGAAGUUGUUCACAAUAGAUAGAGAAAUAAUUCUUAUAAUCCUGCAAGUAAGGGGACCACUGAAAGUGAUGAACUUAAUGAAGUUGAGUCAUCAGUGUCAGAAUCUUGUUCUGCUAGAAAUGUCUUCUAGUAGUUUGCAGAAGAGCAAGAUUUACUUUCCAGAAAGAAAGCAAAGAUCAAAAGCAGGCAAGUCCUUGACCUGCCCUCAGUGUGGAAAGUGUUUCAAAUACAAAUGUCGUCUUGAGGACCACAUGAGAACUCACACUGGAGAUUGCCCUUUCGCAUGUCCUCAGUGUGGAAAGAGUUUCAAUCUGAAAGCAACGCUUGAGAUGCACAUGAGAAUUCACACUGGAGAGUCUCGGUACACAUGUCCUCAGUGCGGAAAGAGUUUCACACAGAAAACCCAUCUUAAGGUGCAUAUGAGAAUUCACACUGGAGAGCGCCCAUAUUCGUGUCCUCAGUGUGGAAAUGGUUUCAAACGUAAAUCAACGCUUGAGGAGCACAUGAGAAUUCACACUGGAGAGUGUCCAUAUGCAUGUCCUCAGUGUGGAAAGAGUUUUAAACAGGAAAAUAAUCUCAAGGUGCAUAUGAGAAUUCACACUGGAGAGCGCCCAUUUUCAUGUCCUCAGUGUGGAAAGAGUUUCAAACGCAAAUCAACGCUUGAGAACCACAUGAGAAUUCACACUGGAGAGUGUCCAUACGUAUGUCCUCAGUGUGAAAGAAGUUUUAAACAGAAAUCAAAUCUUGAGACACAUAUGAGAUUUCACAAUGGAGAGUGUCCAUACACUUGUCCUCAUUGUGGAAGGAGUUUUACAAACAAAAGUCAUUUUGAGGGCCAUAUGAGAACUCACACUGGAGAGCGUCCGUACACAUGUCUUCAGUGUGGAAAAAGUUUGAAAGAUAAGUCAUCACUUAAGAUGCAUAUGAGAAUUCACACUGAAGAGCGCCCAUACAUAUGUUCUGAGUGUGGAAGGAGUUUCAAACACAUAUCAACACGUGAGUUGCACAUGAAAAUUCACACUUAAGACGACCAUACACGUGUCCUCAGUGUGUAAAGAGAUUUAAAAAAAAACACUUGAUGAGCAGAUGAAAUUGACUCAGGAGAGUGCACAUACGUUUGUCUUCAAUGUGAAAGGAGUUUCAAGCACAAACCAAAUCUUGCAGUGCACGUGAGAAUUCACAAUGAAGGGUGUCCACAUGCCUUCAUUGUGGGAUGUAGAUUUUCUGUUAAGUAAAUGCUUUCCCGCACAUGCUCCUUCACAACUCCUUCCUGAUGGAACAUUCUUCCUACCUAAUUCCGGUCAACCACAUCUCUCACAACAUUCAAAAAACACUAAAUCUCUUCUGUGAAUACUUGACAGAGAAAUGAAAGAGAAAACUCUCUCUUCAUCUUAACAUGUAUUGGUCUGGCUUUUGUUGAAACUAGUAACUUUGUAUAAGCACCUAUUGUAUUAUUGCUGAUGUAUGACAUAUCGCUCAUUGCUCCCUGAACUCUGUGUAAGUUGCUUUGGAUCAAAGCGUCUGCUAAAUGUAAACUAGAGUUUUGCAUUUAAUCAUCAUUUUUUGCAUUUUGCAAGCUGUGGUUCUAAACAUGCACAUACUGGAUAUAUGCCUAGUCAUAUACAGUGCCUGUUAAAUAUGCCAUGUGACCCUUUUUUUUCCACAUUUUGUUAUGUUGCUGGCUUAUGUUAAACUAUUAAAUUCGUUUUUUUUUCAUAUCAGUCUACACUCCAUACACUGAGCUGACAACAAAAACGAUUUGGGAGAAAACGUAAAUAAGUACAUUGCGUAAGUAUUCAUGUGUCUUCAUCAACAAGCAAACCUGGAAUUUUUUCUGAGCUAAAUUUCAAGUCUCCCAUAAAUAAUUAUGCAAUGUAAUGUUUUUUUUAUUUUUAAUAAAUUUGCCAUGUCACAAAUCUUUGGACUUUUACUUUGUUAUGUCACUUCCGGUUUUAUUUUGUUGUCUAGUGUUUAUUGGUUUCCCUGUGAAUAGUUCGCUGGUGUGUCUAAUCUUGCUAGCCCGGUUCAUUUUG